CGGACCUAUAGGCGCGCGAUUUAUGCAUGUGAUCGGCUAGAACUUAAAAGUCUGCUCAUAUAUAGAAGUCUGCGAAGAAGGCUAGCGAUUUGGUGAAACCUACGGAUGUACGUAAUGUUAUAAAGUCACCAUUUCCCAUUUGCUUCGUGUCUGCUUCACACAUGCGUCAAUAUCAUUAGUUUUGCACACGUCACUCAUCGGACUCUGGACGUCAGCAGGUGGGUGAGACCAUCCACAGCAAGUGGGUGAGACCAUUCACCCUUAUGGGAUCCUCCAGCCAGAAAAACUCGUUUCGUGACGCUGCCGUGCACGUAAAGAGAGGCUCAGAUUGACUAGGCUGUCAUAUGUCAUAUGUUAUCGGUGUCGCUCGCGACCUUCUCUGCUUUGGACGUCGACCCAUAGAACCUCACCAUGGCAUGGUGGACGACUAUCGCGGCCUGGUUGUUGUGCUGUGUUUUUCCAGGACAGCCGACGACGGCGACGGUAAAUGCCAAGGACGGAGUGCUGUACUGCUUCACGGAGAACCUAAAAGAGUUCCACAAAGUUCCUAUGAGCUACACGUCCUCCCGGCCUGUCCCGCCAUGGCUCAGUGGUACUCUGGUGAGGAACGCACCGUCGCAGUUCAGCGUUGGCAGACGGAGUGUUGUUAAUUACUUCGACGGCUUCGCUAAACUCCACAGCCUCGACAUCAACCAACAUUCCGUCAAUUUUUCGGCCAGUUUUCUCAAAACAGGUGUCUAUAACAGGUCAAUCGAAGCCAAUGACAUCCUCCCGGGGCCUACGUUCAUGGGUGUGGACCCGCCGUUCAGCCUCUUGGAGCGGCUUCGAGCCCUGUCGAGCCCGGGAGACAAUGCCAUCAUCAACGUCUGGAAUUUCGGCGGUGAUUUCGCCGCUCUCACAGAUGCCUGGGUCUUCGCCCAGUUUGAUCUAGACACGCUGGACACAAUUGGCGUCUCCGUUCCCGACCCUAUCCUCGAAAAUAGAGGAUGCCAGACGACAGAGGUUUACAUGUCCUGUGCGCAUCCUAUGGUAGAGCCAGGGACAGGACACAGUAUUAAUUUUGUGAUGAAGGUGUCCCUUUUCCCCGGACAGCGCGACACUUUCCGUGUCAUCAGAAUAAAGGAUCUGCGCACAAUUGAGACCCUGGCCAGCUUUGAAAUAGACAAAAUUUGGUACAUGCACAGCUUCAGUCUCACGGAAAACUUCGCCAUCUUCUUCGCUCAGCCUUGCUAUUACGAUUUUAUCCGGUUUUUCACCACAGUUGAAGCGCAACACUCAAUAUAUUGGGCCCCAGAUGACGGGAUGAAGAUUUACGUCGUAAACCUCAAGACGGGUAACGUUACAACGCUGCACACAGAGGCCGCGGCCGCGAUCUACACGCAUCACGUCAACGCGUACGAGACAGGCGACGGGCGCGUCGUCAACGAUGUCGUCAUUCUUACAAACACCAAAGCCUUCACGACAGGCUUGGCUCGGUCUAGGUUGACUAAUAUUACUGCCAUUAGGGAAAUGCAGUCACCAACAAGGCUCUUUCGAUACAUCCUCGACUUGAAGACGGGAAAAGUGGAAGUCCAUCCUUUCGUGUCUAAAAGUCCAACCGAAGACUUUCCAAACACGCUAGAUCUCCCUGUCAUCAACGAGAAGUGCCGCGGAAGGCGAUAUUGUUACACGUACGGUACCGUGACGACUUUCCAUAGCAACAGUCCAGUCAAGGGUGCGGUUCCCAUAGUCAAGAAAAACGUCUGUCUCUCCCAUAACGACACCCUCUGGAGCCGCCCCAACCACUACGCCGGCGAGCCCAUUUUCGUUGCCGACCCGAACGGCACAGAGGAACACGACGGCGUCAUUUUGUCCUCCGUACUGGACGGAGACAGAGGCCUGAACUACUUGCUGAUUCUCGACGCUCGAACCAUGAAGGAGAUAAACACGGCCUACAUGCCCACGUGGAUACCUUUUGGCUUCCAUGGACAGUUCUUCCCCAGAUCAUUCCCUGAUGCUCCGGUCACCGGCACUCACUACGAGCUCUGAGAUUAGCAAAGUGCUGUAAUCAAUUUACAACUUUUCACACCAAUUACCACCACAAAAAAUCUAUGCAAUUGCUACAUA